UCAAGCUGGAACAUUGGAGGAAAAAAGAUACUGUAUUUUACCCACAAAACAGCCAAAAAACAAACGGAUGUGCAUCAGAAAACGAAACAACUACCGCCCUCCAGAUCAUUUUAAUGCCAAGAUUGAGAGGUCCGCGGCCUGCGGGGGGAUGACAUGCAUGUGUCCAGGCAUUUAACAUCAUUGAGGAUUUUAAGACUAGGCUGCCCUCCGCCAAGCCAUGAUGGACAUUCUGUACACAGGCCCUGUCCCGGCAGACCGCGAGUCUCCGAUGACGCGGAGCGAGACGUCCCCCAGCCGCGCCCAGCAUCCCUCGCCCACACAGAAACCCAACACCUGCUGCUUCUGCUGGUGCUGCUGCUGUAGCUGCUCAUGUCUCACUGUUAGGAGUGAAGAUGACAAGCGCGAGCGGAGGAAAGCCCAGGAGACAAAGCUGGAGCCCUUUCUAUGUGAACCUUGCCCCAAACCGACGAUAGAGGAGAUAAAACAGUGGGCGCAGUCUUUCGAUAAGCUGAUGAAGAACCCAGCAGGGCGGAACAAGUUCCGUGAGUUCCUGCGGACAGAGUACAGUGAGGAGAACAUGCUCUUCUGGCUGGCCUGCGAGGACCUGAAGAAGGAGAUCAACAAGAGUGCCAUCGAGGAGAAGACUCGUUUGAUCUACGAAGACUACAUCUCCAUCCUCUCGUCCAAAGAGGUGAGUCUGGACUCUCGUGUUAGGGAAGUGAUCAACAGGAGGAUGCAGGAUCCCACCCCUCACAUAUUUGAGGACGCACAGCUGCAGAUCUACACCCUCAUGCACAGAGACUCCUACCCACGAUUCCUCAACUCCUCCGUCUACAGAUCACUGGUGCUGGGGGGGUCACGCUCCUCAUCGGAGUCAUAGACCCCCGACUCCCUCCUCUUUCUUUCUCUCACUCUCUCCACCCAAUGUCUCCCUAUUUCUCUCCAUCUCUCUCCAUUGCACAACCACUCGAGGAGAAAGUACUCCUUUUUUUGUGUUGUCACGGUUGGAUUACCUUCUUUUCUU